AUGUUUGCUACACGCUCCCUCUUCCACGCUUGCAGAAUCACCCUUUUUAGCCGGGACAACUGCGGUCUUUGUACACAAGCCAAGGGCGUCCUGUCCAACGUUUGGGACAAGCGGCCGUUUGCCUACAAAGAGGUCAAUCUUGCACUGCCUGAAUCCGAGGCCUGGCGCAAUCUGUAUGAUUUCGAUAUCCCCGUGAUUCACAUUGCCAAGGCGGAUGCACCCGACGAGCAGCCCGGCAAGGCGGACAAGGUGCCGAAGCUGAUGCACCGAUUCACAGUCGAGCAGGUGGAGGAAAAGAUGGACUUGGUCGGAAGGAACUAA